AAGAAGCGCUCUUUGUACUCGGCCUCGCCUUGGCCCGACUCGCGGGAGCUGUACGCCGCCGCUCCACUCCCAGGCUCCCAGCUGCCCUUGGCGACCGUCGCCGCCGGCCGCCCUACUCCGAGCUGUUCAGGACGCUUUGCUGGCGAGCACCCACCACACCAGUUGCUAGGACUACAUGAAUGGAUCAUAUACUAGCUCGUUAAGCCUCCAUGAUGUCAGUGUCGACGAUGGACAAUCAGCUCUUGAUAACAGCAGUAGAACCUCUAGUCCUUUUGAUAUCCUGACUCCUCAAGAUGUUAUCCCUAUCGAAACGGCAAGCUCUGACUGCAGCCAGGUGGAUGGCAAAUCAAGCAAGAGAAAGCAGCAGGAGGUUCGAUACGAGGGUGACCCAAGGGUUGCUUUGCCAUUGAUGUAUAUAGCAAACCUGUACGAAACCUUGAUAAGUGAUGUCAAUGUGCGUCUUGCGGCACUGAUUGGGUUCCGUGAGAAAACUAUAGGUCUAGCUCUUGAAGCUUCAGGUGGCUUGUACAGGAAACUGAUCCAGAGGUUCCCAAAGAGAGGCCACUGCAGCUUCAAGAGGAGGGAGUUAGCGACUUCUCAUGCAACCAGGACAAAGUUUCCUGAACUUGUGGUACAAGAAGAAAAACGAGUUCGUUUUGUUGUUAUUAACGGAUUGGCGAUUGUAGAGAGGCCAGAAAAUAUGAGAAUGGAAGAUGCGGAAUGGUUCAAAAGGUUGACUGGUCGAAGUGAAGUUGCUAUUUGUUCAAGAGAUUACAAAUUCUAUUCACCCCGGCAUAAGAUCAGGCGUUCCCCACAGGCAGCAUUUGACAUCCCUGAUACAAGUGCUUUGGCAGAGGAUGAGAACUCUUCAUUGGUUUGUUCUUCAGGAUUUCGCUCACCAAACGAGAUACAAAAUCAGCAUCAGUCAACAUCAAAGAGACCUAUCGAACAUCUAGAAAAUCAACCCUUUUUACACCUUUUCCAUCAAGCAGAAGAUGAUAGCAUGCAGCAAGUUCAACAUUGUGCUCAGUUCCCACCCAUUCAUCAAUGUACGAGCACUCCACAUCUAUCAGAUAACCCCCAACACCAGCAACAGGCUUAUUUAUCUCAACAUAUAUCUUGCUUGCAAGUUGGGCAAGGUCAUCUUGGAGGACGCAUGCAUAUUAUUCCAACCAGCCCUGCGAAGUUCUGUGAUGAGUGUGGCUCCCCAUAUUUGAGGGCGACAUCGAAGUUCUGCUCAGAGUGUGGUACCAAGAGGCUAGGAAUGUGAGGUGACUUGAUCAAUGUGUAUAUGAAUCUGAUGAUGUAGCAAUUGUAGUCUUAUGUUUGUAAAAGGGUCUCUAGCGUAAUGGUUAAGGCAGCCCGGCGAAGUUCUGUGAUGAGUGUGGCUCCCCAUAUUUGAGGGCAACAUCAAAGUUCUGCUCAGAGUGAGGUACCAAGAGGCUAGGAAUGCGCGGUGACUUGAUCAAUGUGUAUAUGAAUCUGAUGAUGUAGCAAUUGUAGUCUUAUUUGUAAAAGGGUUAUUUGUAAAAGGGUCUCUAGCGUAAUGGUUAAGUUUUCUUUUAAGUUUUCUGAGUAGCAACUCUGGUUGGGCCGUUUUAGAGUGGGCGGUGAUAUCUUACUAGUGAUGGGGGCCAGGGUUUGGAAAUUUUCUCGAGACCAUGUUUUGGUCUCCUUUUUAAUAUAAUACUGGAAUGACGGUCUUUUGGAAU